GCUAAAAAUUGUGUUGAAAGGUGCCAUUACACACAUGUUUACAGAGACAAAAAGUGUGUCACAGCUUCAUCAACAACCAGACCAUCAACACAGCCAAUAGGUACAGGAAACCCAACAUCCAUUCCGUUGACAACUGUGAUACCGAGAACAGGGUCUACAAGUACUGUGAAACCAACUACAGGGAAACCAGUACCACCAACUUCAAGAAGGCCAGCAAAAGGGAAGCCAACAACAAUGGAGUCAACUGCAGGAAAGUCGAGCACUAUGAAUAUAACCAUAGGUAACCCAACAUCAUCAAAUCCAACCACGGGAGAACAAGUAACUACAGGACCAGCAACUUCGAAAACCAAGGCCAAGCAACAGGGUUUGUAAUUAAAUUUAAACCAGCCAAAGGGUAUGGGGAAACCGGGAAAAACAAGGGAAACAGAAAAAGGUAGGAAAACAGGAGAAAACAAGGAAAAACAAAGGAAAAAAGUUGAAAACAAAGCAAUAGAAAACUACAAAAGCAAGGGGGCAAACAAAGAAAAAAUAGGAAAAUAUAGGGAAACAGGGGAAAACAUCGGAAGACAAGGGAAGUGGAAACACACUGUCAGGGAAACAGAGGAAAAAAAAUGGGAAAACAGGGGGGACUACCGAGAACAAAUCCAGCUUGCGAGUCAGGUCGUAUGUUUGGUGACCAGCAUGAAUUCACACAAUAUUGAGAAAAACGUUUCCUUGGGUAACACCUACCAGCCUCUGAGAUCAGCACCCUUUGCAGUUGUAAAUUGUCAAAAAAGUGCGCAUGCGUAGUAAGGAACCGUACAUGAAGCCGAUGAAAAAGUGUUGAGUUAAUUUGCAUCAGGCUUUAUCCUCGCGUUCCUUGCUUUGUGUGUUAGAAAGUUCGACUACUCGCAAACAGUUCAAUGCGUUCAUGGUAAAAUUUGUGGAAAAUUUAAAAAUUCGAAUCACAACAAAACACAAAACUCAACUGGACGUCCAUUUCUAAAGGCCGAAUCUAAGCUGAUAUGAACGGCUUGUUUUAUUAGCUGACGAGAAACGAUCCUCAUGGAUUUUCAUGGAAUAUUACCGGGCGUGAAUAUUCCAACAGACCAAUUUGACAGUUUGUCCUUACUUAGUUGACUGUUAACAAAGACAGGAAGCGAGUCCAGAAUUCCAAGUCAGUAAAUAAGUGAUAACUCGAUCUUCCAGACUUACGUCAACGGGUUACUUAACAAAAUAAGUUAAUAAGUAAUUUACUUUGUUUAAAUAAUGGGUGUAAAGGACAUGAUCGUCCCAAUGGUAAUUGAAAUUUAAGCAAUUGCAAAUUAACCCGAAAAAAAAAUUGAGAGUCUUCAACGGGAUAUGAAACCAUGAUCUCUGCUUUGGCGCUGCAGCGCUUUACAAACUGAGCUAUAAAGACCCUUACAUUGAAAGAAGGCCAAUUUGUUGAGUUCGUCUUAACCCAUGAAAGGAAUGAAACAUAGAGUGAAGUUUGUUGUUUGUUUGUUGUCGUUUUUUAGUUACAGAUUUAGCUGCGAUCAUUGCGCAUCCGCAAAAUACCACUCAGAUAGAGGGAGGAAACGUAACUUUCACUUGUGACGCGACAACAAAUCUUGUAUCAUCAUUCUCAUGGACUAAAGACGGAUCUGUUGUGAAUGCGACCUCAACAAUUAUUUUGUCAUCUGAUAACAAACAGUUGACGAUAAUUAAUGUCUCCAGAGGAGACAGUGGACACUACACCUGUGUGGCUACUAACGACGUAAAAACAGUUCAGUCUAAUGCUGCCUUACUUGAAGUACAAUGUAAGAAUGGAAGCUCAGUAUUCCUCUUAUUUUUAGAAAAGAAAAUGUUCGAUCGUUUAACUGCGUGUUUCCCGUCCCUCUUUAAAUGCAAGCACUACAAACUGAUUCCUAGUCUAUUAGAUCGUAGCAAUACCGGAAGAAAGUAAAAAUGAAUAGAUACGCAGUAAAGUUGUCAGUCUUUUUAACAUACACGCAGUUCUUUUUCACAUAGUCUAGAAAACCUCAGGCGAUUCUUUCUCAAACAAAUCGCAAUUGUUCGCGUACUUCCCCUACCUAAUUUCUAUGGAGCCAGCAUUAUUAAGGCACUAUUUUGUGCAUAUCUUUGGUUACAUUUAUUUAUAAGCUUCCUUUUUUACAUUUCUUUUAUUUUAUUUUCUUGAAACAUACUUUUACAGUGGUACCAAGUUCGCCAGAAAAUGUGACAGUCAUCUCUAAGACCUCACGAGUUGUGAAUAUCUCAUGGGCAACUGGUUUCAAUGACAACAGUGAUAUUCUUAACUACACUGUGGAGAUCAGUACAGAUAAUCAGACAUUUGGAGAGGUUACAUGCCAAGGGAUGUCAAGUAGUGGCUGUGUGGUAUCCAGCAGCUCCCUCAAAAGAGUUUUUAUUGAAGGCCUUCAUCCUGGAAGGACAUAUUACAUCAGGGUGUUUGCAACUAACAAAGUUGGUUCCAGUACUACCAGCUCAGUAAUCACCACAACCACAGAUGAGGAAGGUACAAAGAUGUUAAGUUACAUUUCUUAGCCGCUUCAGGCAAAAUAAGUUACUCGUGUUGUACUUAUAACUUUAUGUGCAUAUAAGUUUUGGCCACUGUUUUAGCACUCAUACUGUUCUUUAAAUGUUGUACAUUGUGAUGUGCGAGUAGAAAAUGGUAAAGAGGGUGGUGUAAAAAAGGGCUCAUCACUGAGAGAUUGCGCCAGUAAAGGACUACAAGACUUUGAUGACUAUCCUUGGCAAAAACAAGCCUAGUGCCGUCUUGUACUGUGUAAAGGGGCGUAAAGGGUUAGACUCCCACAAACUGUUCUCUAUAUUUUCUUCACACCAAGUACACCUUUUGAAAUUCUGUCCUCUGAGACUCUAAGAAUUAAGAAAAUAUAUUCCUUAUUUGCUCAAGACAAAAGCAUGGUAAAGGAUUUUAGUGAAAUAGCCAUAGCGUCAUCAGUCAAUCGUCCUGUUAAAUAAUAAACCUUUUAAUUCGCAAUGCAGCCUUCAUUGAAUCAGCUACUGUAGAAUCCGUAUUUCUCGAAAAGGUGGUUUUUAAAAAUUUAAUUCUCCAUAAUUAGGACCAAAACCAACUUCCCGUCACCGGUAAAACACUGUGAUUUUAUCACCGAUUUGCCAAACCUUCGGAUGAUUCGAAACAAUUUGCUUUUCCCAAGGUGGUUCGAAAAACUGGGAUUUCAUGGUGUCGGUCUACGGUUUCCUUUGAAGAGUCGUCGAGUUAAACCCCCAAUUUUACUUGUUUCUUUCUUUCUUCCUUUUAUUCUUUUACUCAGAGCCAAAUGCUCCUCCAUUUAAUGUCCAAGGACACAACACAAGUUCUUCUAGUAUUUUGGUUCAGUGGGGUGAUGUACCCGCAGCUGCUCAAAAUGGCAUUAUACUGCGCUACACAGUUACCUACACAUCGCUUCCUGGUGGUAGUACACGGACCAAGGUGGUGAAUUCUCCAACAACUAAGGCGAUUCUGACCGGACUCAACAAAUACACCAACUACAGCAUAACAGUGUCUGCUUCAACUUCAAAAGGAGAUGGAAAUGUUAGUGAGCCAAUCGUUGUCGUCACGGACGAGAGCAGUAAGUUUAUUUUCGUUUGUAAAUACGAAGAGAAAAAAAUUGACACCCUGCACGGCCUAAUUAUUAACUCAUAAUUGUUAAACUUAAUUAACUUAACUAAUUAAACUUAAUUAAAUACCUUCCACCUAUUUUGAAAAGCCUGGGCGUUGUCUACGAUUAAGUAAACAGCACCUAUUGACACAAGAAUCAUGCAUUUUAGUAAAAAUCUCCCUAAUAAUCUUUUUAAUCAGGAUGAAAUGUAACAUAAUUUUAGUUAGCCACUCGGAACGUCUCUCAGUUCAAUUUAUGACAGAAGAGUAGUAUCAUCAGCGAAGAGAAAAAUAUGUACUUUCUUAGACGAUUUAUGAAUAUCACUGAUGGUCAUCGAAAAUAAAAUAGCUCCCAAUACAGAUUCCUGAGAGACUCUACAGAGAUUUAGUUUCUUUUGAUAAGGAGUGCUCGCCAAUUUGGGUUACUUGAGAUCGACCUUUCAGAUAAAAAGAGAACCAAUCUAAUAUAAUACCCCUGAUUCCAUAGUGAUUUAGCUGCAGAAUAAUAGCUUGCAUGAUCAACUGUGUCAAAUGCAUUUUUAAGAUCGAUAAAAAUUCCACAAGAAAACAUUCCUUUGUCCUUACUGUUUUGAAUCCUUUUUACUAUGUCAAUUAUUGAACACUGUGUACAGUGUUUCUGUCUAAUGCCCUACUGUGACUCAUAAGAAAGAUCAUUUGCCUCAAAAAACGACUUCAGACGUUUGUACAUGCGUUUUUCAAAAAUUCUCUUAACAUAAAGAGAGGGGAUAUAGGACGAUAAUUGCUAGGGUCUGAAUCAUCACCACUCUUAAAAAUAGGAACCGCCCUUGUCAGAUUCAAUUUUUUAGGGAAGGCUCCCACGAGGAUAGAAGCAUUCGUUAUUUCCAUAAGUGGUAUACUUUUAAAAACGUUUUGCAACUUUUAAGAUAAUUGUAGGGCAAGAAUAAGCCCCAUGUGCUUUCCCGAUAGGCAAAAGCAAUAUUUCGAAUUCCAUUUCGGCAGGAGUAACAGGAGUAAAGUAAAAGAAUUUUUGACAAACAUGUUCAAAAUAUUCCGCAAAUGACGUUCAGAGUGAGGUAGCUUGGCAGCUAAAACAGCUCCACGUGACGCGAAAUAAUUGUUCGCGACGGUUAGUAAUUUCUGCGAAUCGUGAAUUAAUGGAUCGCUAUUUUCAUCCUUUGAAGUUCACUUUUACAUUUUGGCUGCGUCUUAGGAGCGUUUUGCUAUUAUGGUAUUCGCGUUCUCCUUCCGAGAGAAAGGUUUAUAAUUUACAACAGUUAUACAAAGUUCUUUCCAAGAGCUAUUUUUGCCCUGAAUUUCAAAUUGAGUAUCACAAAAAUUUAUGCUUAACCGACAGCGACAUUUUUGUCCUUAUAGUUAAAAUGCAACAGCGUCAUUUUUCCUAACCGGCCAAGGGUCUUGCAGUCUCACAAAAGACCAACGACGUACGUUCCAAGGGUGAUGCAAAGAUCGACAACAUUACAAACCUCGGUUAUGCGACCCUACAAUAUAAAUACAUUCUCCAGCAAAAAGGGAAGAUAAGAAUAGGUAAAUGUAUUUGCCAGAUAAUGUUAUCUUGAUGUAACCUCAAGUUCUCUAAACUAAUUUUACGGGAAAUGUAGAGCAGCCUGGAGAGAAAUGAGAAUAACUUAUCAGAUUUACUGUUACAAUUACCCUUUUUUGCAGAACCUUCCGCCGCUCCUUUACUGAACAGUGUGACUGUAUUGAAUAGCACCAGUGUACUGGUGGGAUGGGAACGCGUCCCGAAGGAGUAUAGAAAUGGCAUCAUUACUAAGUACACCACAUACUAUAGGGACGAACUGAAGAAGGCAGAAGGGACAAGGGUCGUCAUACCACCUAAUAAAACGAUAAUCAUCAAUGGACUGAGACAAAAGGCUGAAUAUUUAUUUUGGAUUUUGGCUGCAACUUCGAAAGGGAAUGGCCCACCCAGCAACACGAUAAGGGCAACAACGGAUGGUAAGGAGAUUUGAAAAUGCUACUCUUCCAUACUUAAUCAUGAACAAUCGGUUUUUUAUUUUUUUUCUCUUGGAUUGGCAGUUUUAAAGAACUGUAUAUCGGAUACGAUGGAAUCACCUCAGUGGCGAACGACAAAAGCCAAUUUGUACCAAAUGAUUAACUUAUCGUUAAAUGUUCAUUAUAUCUGCACCGAAAAGUAUAUAACUAAUAAGCAGCCCCAUGCCCUUUUCAUCCAUAAGGAUUAGUUUGGAUAGCUUUUCUGAAUCUCAAGUUUUAUGUCAUUCUGUCCACUUACUAGAUACAUUUAUGGGUUAUGCCUAUUCUGGGAACUGUAGAAAUUUUAAAGUAGGCCCAUGCUUGUUUACUAUUCACAAAACGUUUCCGGAAUAUCCUGUUGGAAAGUAAAUGUAACACGAUCUUUUGGGUCGUUCCAGCGGAAAAUUCCCGGGAGCAACGGAACACCUGAAAAGGUAGUCCUGUUUUUCCGGACGUAAUAUUCCACACGGAAAUUUGUGUUCCAUUUGCUCAAAGCCAUGUUUGAUACCAGUUUCAGGCUUUGGUGACCGUUUUUUCGGUCAAUGGAACUGAUUUCAUGGUAAAUGCGACUUCCGCGAUGAAAUUUACCAAUUCUGAAUUUUGCCCACCAUUUGCCGUGAACCGUCCGCUUUGCCCACGUAAAUGGUAAACAGCCCAUAUUCCUACCAAAGGCGCUGGAAUGAAAUCAGUAAAAAUCGUUUCUUGCAGCCGUGCCCACGAUUUUGCCACCUUUUGAAGAAGCCAUUGGUGCAAUUCAAGUGUCCAUCAAAUUUGUCAACAAGCACUCCUUGAGUACUGGAAGUCCUGUGAAGUAUGUACAUGUCUCUGUGAGGUGCUUUUAAAGUUGCUGUUUAUUUCUCUCCCUUUUUUGUUUUCAUCCUAUAGCUUUAAGAAAUGGUUAGUAAGUAUUAUUUAUAUUAGAUGCCGAAUUCUCCAAAGAAAAGUGCGAGUCAAACCUUAGCCUGAGCUAGUGGACUCCGGGUCCUGACUCAAUUAAGUUCGUCUGAAUGAGCCUGGGUAGUCCAACAUGUUCUCUCCGUCUGCUUCAGACGAAUAGAACGUCUGAAGAUCUUCCCGGGGACAAACGUCGAUCUUCACAUGCGACGAACUAAAAUAACAAAUUAAAUUUGUGUGAGUACAUUAUUAUUUUAGCCUCGUUGGGGGGAAAAUUUAUUAAAACUGCUUAUGGUCUGAUUCAGUUGAUUGGUUUGGCGCGUCCUAAGUUCGACGUCUUACCCCAAGCAGACAAUAUUGACUUAACUCAGGUGGACCCAAAUUAGAGUUUGGUUCGUCUCAUGAAAUGUUGUGGGUUUGGCCUAGGCCUUAGAGUUCCUUUUGACAAAGUUAUGGGGAAAAAUAGUUUUCUUUAUGUAACUGAAUAAUUUUGUCAUGUCGCUAUCAGAUAUUUCCGAAUGAUUGUUAUUACGCUACCGAAAGGAGCAGAGCCAGGAAAUCCAGCAGACGAGAAGUACCAAAACGUUACUCGCGUGUAUGAUGACCAAUUGGAUGGCAAGCCUUACAUCACUGCUGAGUUUGAAAGAGAGGAAUCAAGAACGACAUUUACUGUUGGGGAUGGGAAGUAUUACUCACGGAGUGGUGUAACUGACGCUAAGAGAAAACGUACAUCUACCUCAUGUAAGUUGGCAAUAAGUACGCGGAUACGGGCAACUCUUCUUCUAAACGUCUUACAACCGUUCCGAAACACCACUGACCGAAUUCACAAAACAAAAAACAUGAAACAACAAUAUUAAAACCAACAAUAAGACAAUAUUACAUGGUUUGCAGUGUAGUAGAAAUCAUAUUAAUUUCCCAAUUAUGAUUUCCCUUCAAAUCCCGUUGACAACUGUGAGGAUCAUUCUUCAUUUGAAGGGAGUUAAUGUUAUACUUAAAGGAGUUUUUCAUCAGAUAUACAACGUCGUCAAUGUCGUCAGUGUUUGUUUUAAUUUAUUUUUGAAUUAUCAAUGCCCUUUGCCUAAUUAUAUCUUUGAAAUAUAUGAGCAUUCGAAAAUUAGUCAUCGGCUGAUAUUAAUGGUUUUAGAUGUUACUAAGUACCUGAAUGGAAAGCUAAAGGAGAAGACGGAGUACGGGGUGUUUCAGAGAUCUUUUGACAAAGAUGGCAACUAUGAAAACGAGGGAUUCAUUCAAUUUGCGACGAAAAGUAAGUUAUGUUGGUUGGUUUGUUUGCUGCAGACAUGUUAUUCUUGCAUGAGUUUUCUUUAACAUACUAUGAGCAAAUUACCGUCUUUCGAAUUUAUUUCGAAAACCUCGUGUUAACCCUCGAAGGCAGAGGCAAAUUUAAACCCAAUCUCCCCAACCUCCGUUUUUGCUGUGUUACAAGGGAGACUGAGAAUUGACGUUUGCGGCAAACGGCAAACAUCAUAUUCAACUUCACGCUUUUUAAAAGUAUGGAAAUACUGCAGCAAAUUAAAAUAGCCGAAAUUAAAAAAUAAUAAUCAUGGAAGAGUCUAUUGCCACGAAACAGCUUCUUUUUCUGGAGAUAUUGGUAGUAGUAAACGGCAAUUGAAAUGAACAUUUGAUCAUGUGGGUCAAAUUCAAGUUUUCUGUUUAAUUCUACAGCUAUCGUGGUCGACAGCCUGCAAUGAGCUCUACGCAAAGAUGUAAAAAUUAUAUCAUGCGCAGCUGAUCGGGAGCUGUAACAUUGGUCAAUAAAAGAGACCAAUAGCGGAUUUCUAUAAAGAUUCAAAAUUAUGCAGAAAUAGUUAGACAAUAAGCAGUUAUUCAUGCUCACGUUAAAUAUAUAUAGCUCUCUGCGCGCUUCUCCACUUUUCGUACUUUCUACGCCCGAGAGACACAUCUUGCAAUAUUAAGAUAUAGUCGAAAAAUAAAUAUCCCAAUAGAGUGGAGAAGUCAUUACGUUGUGUUGCCAUGGUAUCAAAAUAUCCGGAUCUCAACAAAUCGUGAUCCUGCAAAUAUGUCAGAAAAAAAGAAGAAGAAUGACAUGUAUGACUUUUCAAUGCAUGAUUUCACUCAGGAACAAAACGGUAGCCCAUACUAUUCUUCCAUCGUUCGACACUGCAAAUGGUCAUCUUUACGAAGAAAGGUUGUUGAGAUCCAGAAUACCAUGAUAAUAUGACGUCACACUUCUCCUCUCUAAGGCACCCAAAAAAUAGUGAGGUUGACUGAAAAAAGAAAUAUCCUACCAAAGAAAAAGACAUGGGAAUACGAGCUUGCAAGGACAUGAUGCAUGAGCAAGUGGAGCGGACAUAAUUACUUCUGAUCAUCUUUCCUGUCGAUGGAAGUCUUUCAAGAGAUUACCAUAUUUUACUAUACUAGAGAAGUAACUUUUUGGUUUUAAUGUUCCCUUUAAAGGUGGUUGCAUACUGUAGGUGUCAAUAUGUUUGCCCAACCCGUUCUUUAGUUUCAUGAGCAUCGUCCUGCAUUCCUUGGCAACCAAUCAGGGUUGAAGAGGGUUCAUAGCGUCUAUGAUAUGCAUGAUAUUGCGCGUAAUAUGACACAUCUACGAACUUUGUUGAACUGGAAGUAAACGUCCCUAGAACAAUAUGCAUUCUGCACGAUGCUUUCUCUUUUCUAUCCUAUUACUUUGUCCUCUUUCAGUUAGCUGUUACUUGUUUUAAAUAUUGGUCUGCUUGUUUGUGAAUUUCAGAAGAGAAUGAUUCUGAAUCGUCGUCCAAGCCUUCAACAGUUAUCAUAGUGUCCGUAGUGAUAGUCCUGGUGAUUCUUCUGUUAGUGGGUGUUGUGAUUAUUGUUUGGCGUUAUCGAAGAUCCUUUAAUGGUAUGUUUGAUUUAAUUUUCAUGACAUUUCUUUAUAUAAGCUGUCAUAUUCAUGUGGGUGAACUUACUUACCAGUUCCUGUUUUAUAUUACGACAGAAAGUACAUGUUGUCCUAAGAGAACAAAAGAUAAAUUAAGUCAAGAAAACAUAGAAAUGUCCGACAACAGCCAGCUAUCGACGUCAGGAUGUUACUACAACUCUAUUCAGCUACAUGACGAGCUACGCUCUGUUGAAAGACGAGCAAAAACAUGCCAGGACACCUAUGAAGACGUACUUUCUGACGAGCCUACUUACUACACUGACGUUAAUCCAGAUCAAGAGAGAAUUUAUCAAGAAAUUAAGAAUGAAAAUCAUUAUCAGCCGUUAGAUUUUAAUAGACAAGCAGUUUAUGAAAAGAGUCAAGGGUCAAGUAAGAUUUUCAUGUAA